AUGUUCCUCAGAUCUUGCCCCAACGGACUUUUUUUCUUUAAACAUCUGGAUCUUUUUUUGAAGGAUAAAAUCUUCAAUAACAAUGAAGAUCUUGAUGCCGCUGCUAUCCAAUUGUUCUCAUUGAAACGCUCCUAUUUCCGCAACGUACCACUUGGUUGUUUAACAAGAGAAUUUGCUAUGAUAAUGAUUUUAGAAGAUCUUGCAAAAGAUGUUAAUUGUACUCUUAACAGUAGUCCCAGAAAAAUAAGAAGUAGUUUAGAAAUGAAGACAAGUACACUAAAAAACGAACGAUUAUCAGCCAUAAGAAAUUCACAAUCUCCAAUUAGCUACGUUAAUUCAAAAGAAAUAAAUUCAACUUCAUUAAAAAUUAUAACACAUGAAAUUAUUAAUGAAGUGGUAGAUAAUUAG